AUGCAACUUUCAUACGUCUUCGCCUCUCUCGUCCUCGCUGCCUCUGCAUAUGCCCAAGCGAGUGUGUGCGCUGCAGGCAUCAGCCAGGCAGAUUCCACGUUGGCAGGUAUUGCAGGUUUCGUAGCUUUCGUUGAGGGCCUCCCUGCCGUCAGCGGACUCAGCGAUGCCGGUAGCAUCACAGUGCCUGCUGUGCCAACCAGCGUCUGCGAAUUAACGGGUGGCACUGGCACUGAUGGAGCCUGCGCUUGCCCCGAGGCGUGA